GCCUCACGCCCGUUCAUCUACCAGAAGAAUCUUAUUUCUACUUCACAGCGUCACAAUCUAUCACGAUAUGACUUUGCUAUGAGCGCCUCCUUUGGCCCAAUCCGCGGAAAUACCCACGGAACGGGCAUCAACACCGCCGGGGCUCCGUAACCUCUACAUAUCGGUGCUUAUCCACACACCCAGCCCUGAAGAUCUGGAGGCCAGAUCUGAUGGCGAACAGGAGCAUCGCCAUCGCGAAUGCCGUCUCCCUGGUCGCGCAGCCUCCGUUCUGACUUGCAGCUUGCUAAGACUUUGCUGACCAGCCUUCCUCCCGUCAUUCGACUCAUCAAUGGCAUACCUCUUGGGCUAUCCUUCAAGCAUCUUGCGGGAAUGUCACAUUCGCGAUGCAGUUGCAGCAAGCACGUCAAAGCAAAUCUUUCCAACCCUGUUGAGUAGGAGGUACCGUUUAGCCCCUAGAGACCAUACCUGGUCUCUCUCGACGCCCUUUUCAUUUCAAUGGGUGGCAUACAGCCGCUCGGAAGCGUCGAAACGACUGGAGAGGCUGACGAACGAAACAUUGCCAUGUGCAUGGGGAGGUCUCUGCAGGGACUAUCAAGGACCGUCUAGAUUCCUGCGAUGCACUGGGGACUGUUUCACAACUCCAAGCAGCACAUGGAAACUCUCAAACGGAACGGCCACCUGCGUACGAGCCUCAGUACCGCACGGUAACCUGCUGCCGUUCAGGGAGCUAAACAUGGGAGGCUUGACUUCUUCUUCGGCAGGUGUCAUUCUCGGUCAUCGACAAGAAGCCCGCAAUUCAAUAUUGGUAUGAUCCAACAAGCCCACCUGCAGAAGCAUCUCCACAAUCUAACGGCGUUGGUGCAAACAUGGGGCUAGCUUACUAGCUUGAGUAAUAUGAGAUCAUGGGGAUCAAAGCAUGCAGCAAGCCCCCUGCUGCGAAGCA